CUAAGAGCACCUUCAAGAAGUUGCUUCAUAAAGUUCUCUUGUCAUUGAGACCUGCAAAUGCUAGUCGCACUUGCUACGGUAGUCAACUUCAAGGCACGCAGUGGCGGCGUACAGCUCACACCUGUUCAAUAAAUAGGUGGUGUGCUCGUUCCUCAUUUUGCUGUGGCCCAAAGUGAGCCCUUCAACCUUCGGCGGGCGGGAUGCGGCCGUGCCUGUAAAGGGAGUUGGACCUUGACAGAGAUCAGGGGAUAUCUGUCGUUUCGGAAGCAGACACUCAUUGCUGAACACCAGGUGUCUGGUUCUUGCUGACCUGUAUCAAAUAUCACAAACAGACACGCAAAAAUGGUGGAGCUUACGAAGGAUGCUAUUCAGCUCAUUCAGGCUGGGCAGACAGACCUGCAGGCAGUGGUACAGGUCACUGAUAUCAAGCCUAUUGGCAACCAGUCAGGCCCUCAGGAGAGGUUUCGGCUGGCGCUGACAGAUGGGAGUCAGAUUCAGCAGGCGAUGCUGGCCACACAGCUGAACGACUUCGUUAAGACCGGGAGAGUGAAGAAGAACUCCAUCCUUGUGUUGCAGGAGUACAUCUGCAACACUGUGCAGAACCGCAAAAUCAUCAUCGUGCUGAGUUUGGAGGUGCUUCAGCUGGACGCAGAGCCCCUGGGUCCUCCGCAACCAGGACCAGCAGUUCCCGGAUCAGUCAUCAACCCGGGAGCUGGACCUAACGGCUUUCAGGCACAGCAGGGGCCCCCUCAGGCUAGUGGUGGCUACCAGGCUGCGCCCCCAGCACAAGCUCCCCUCACCCCUGGUUACGGCAACCCCGCGCCUCCGUCAAACCCUUAUGCCAACGCUGCCCCUGCUGCGGCUCCUGCAUACAAUUCGGGCUAUGGCCAGGCCAAUGGAGGGUACGGACAGCCGGCUGCGAAUGGUUUUGGAGGGGGGGGCAUGGGCCGAGGCAUGUCCAUGGGCGGCAUGGGGGGCGGUAUGGCUGGUGGAAUGGGGGGGGGUAUGGGUGGGGGCUACGGUCAAGGCAGGGGUGCGAUGGGGGCGCCUGCGACAGCCCCCCAGUAUUCAAGCAGGGGUCCGAUCGCCAGGAACCAGGCGCCCGCGCGGAUUGCUCCGAUAUCGAGCCUGAACCCCUACCAGAACAAGUGGACCAUCAAGGCGAGGGUGACGCUCAAGAGCGACAUCCGGCGCUACCACAACCAGAAGGGCGACGGGAAGGUGUUCAGCAUCGACCUUCUGGAUUCCGAGGGGGGGGAGGUGCGCGCCACGUGCUUCAACCAGACGGUGGACAAGUUCUACGAGCUGUUUGAGGAGGGGAAAGUGUACCUGAUCACCGGGGGAUCCCUGAAGCCGACCAGGAAGGAGUUCAACCACCUGAAGAACGAGUGGGAGAUCAUGCUAGACAACAACACAGUCGUGCAGCUGUCCAUGGACGAGGACGGCAGCAUCCCUCAGCAGGUCUACGACUUCAAGACCAUCGACGUGAUCGAGAACGAGGCCCGCGAGUCGAUGGUGGACGUGAUCGGCGUGGUGGAGACUGUCCUCCCGACCAACAUCAUUACCCGCAAGGACGGGCGCGAGACAGAGAAGCGCUCGCUGACCAUUAAGGACACGUCCGGCAAGUCCGUCGAGGUAACGCUCUGGGGCAGCUUCUGCAACCGGGAGGGGCAGCGGCUGCAGGACAGUCUGGACAAUGGGCAGCACCCCGUGCUCGCGGUCAAGGGCGGGCGGACGAGCGACUUUAGCGGGCGCACGAUUGGGACGAUCUCGACGUCACAGCUGGCCAUCGACCCCGACAUCGUGGAGGCGCACAGGCUCAAGGCUUGGUACGAGAGUGAAGGAAGGAGCCUGGCGCCGCAGAGCAUCUCCCGUGAGGCAUCUGGCGGCCGGGAGACCAGAAAGUUCGUCGCGCAGAUCAAGGACGAGGGGCUGGGCCGAGGGAACAAGCCAGACUACAUUGCUGUGCGGGGGACCAUCGCCUUCAUCAAACAGGAGAACCCGUACUACGCGGCGUGUCCGAACAAGGUGGAGGGCGACCGGCAGUGCAACAAGAAGCUGACCCCGUCGACGGGCGGGUGGGCGUGCGAGCGGUGCAACCGGGACGACAUCCCGGCCCCCGAGUACCGCUACCUGCUGGGCGUGCAGCUCAAGGACCACACCGGGGGGGAGUGGGUCACCGCGUUCCAGGAGACCGGGGAGGACAUCAUGGGCAUGAACGCGGGGGAGCUGUACAGACUGAAAGAAGAGGCCGACAACACGGGGAACAAUAUACCGUACACAAACGCCUUUGUGAACGCCCAGUUCGAUCACUGGCUGAUGAAGCUCAAGGUCAAGGAGGAGACGUACAACGACGAGCGGCGGAUCAAGGUCCAAAUCAUCAAGGCAGAGAAGGCCGACUUCGCGACCGAGAGCAAGGUCGUCGCUGAGCAGAUCGCCAAGCUGAGUCGUGCACGUACGGAGGUUCGAGCUAUGCCAACGGCACCAGCGGGGGCGGGGGCGGGGGCGGGAAUAAAUGCUACCGGUGCGGUCAGGAGGGGCACUUCGCAAGCUCGUGCCCGAGCGGAGGCGGCGGUGGGGAGCGUUACGGCGGCGGCGGUGGUGGAGGAGGAGGAGGAGGGGGCGGUGCUAAGAGCGGAAGCUGCUUCAAGUGCGGCGAGCCGGGUCACUGGAGCUCACAAUGCCCAUCUGGUGGCGGUGGCGGGGGAGGACGGGGUGGUUACGGAGGCGGUGGCGGCGGAUACGGAGGCGGUGGUGGCGGGUAUGGAGGUCGAGGCAGAGGGUAUUAGAGAGCGGUCCUAGUGUACGUGCAUUGGAAGUCAAGGUGUCGCUGUGCGUCCUCUGCAAUCGAUGUAAGAUUUCAAUGCAGAGGGUUGCUGUGUCUGAGAAAAGUCUGUGCUGUUGUCUACUCGGUCUUAGGCUUUUACGGAGCGAAAACUUUGAAAAGCAUGGAUAGCAUCUGCGUAUGUUCCAUAACCGGGACCUUGUGGCAAUCGUGUGCGUUACUGAGCUGAAUUAUGACGUAUCAAUCUGCACCACGAUUGACGGCAGAAUUACGACCUGGG